GAUAUUUUUAGUUGUUAUACACAUACACACACACAAUUCUCUCUCUCUAUCUAUUAUCUGUACCACACACUUACACACACACUACUACAUCGACAGUUGUGCAGUGAACCGAACUACCACCCACCAAAUACCAACACCAACAUCCAUCGAUCACUCAUCCUCCCUCCCCUCCAAUUGGAUAAAGAAACACGCCACACACUGCCAAUCUUUCAUUCAACCACCAAUAGACAGAACAGAAUUGCCCGCCAACAACAAACCAAGCUAAGCCAACACCAAGCCAAGCAAAGCGCACGAGCGCUA